CAAUUAAUAAAAAUAAAUAAAAAGUUAUUUUUUUCAACAAUUCGCCGCGUGGAAUGUACGGCACCUAAAAGAUUCUUUAAAAAAAAAUCGCUGAGUUAUACCACUGAGUCAUCGAGUUAUAGCUUUAAAAUACGCGAGGACCCGUUUGUGAAGCACGCAGCGAAUCUUGAAUCUCUCUUACACGUCUAUAUAAACACGACUCGCUGUUCCUUGUCAUGUUUAUCCGGCGGCCAAUGUUAGAAAAGAGAAAAAAGAGGAAAAUAGAAGGAAGAAAAAAACAAAAGAAAAAUAAUGGAGUUGAGCUUGGAUUUGAGUUUGGCUUAUGUACCAAAAAGCAUAUCUGAGUUUCUGAAAGAAGUUUCAAAGAUCAAAAAUGGGUUUCAAAGAUUAUCAAAGAUUAGAGAUUAUGUUAAAAGAUUGGAAGAUGAGAUGAAGAAAAUCGAUGCCUUUAAACGUGAACUUCCUCUUUGCAUGCUUCUCUUGAAAGAUGGGAUUGAGAAAUUGAAGGAGGAAGAAAUGCAGUGUAAGGAAAUGGAUGACGGAUCCGUGACAGAAGAGCUGAUGUUGCCAUUGAAGAGAAAUACUGACGAAAAUGGAAGGGUAAAUAUGGAAAAUGAUGUCGGUGACAAGAAAAACUGGAUGAGUUCUGUUCAACUCUGGAAUUCUAAUUUCGACAACGUUGGUCACAAGAAGAAACCGAACACAGUUCCAGAACUGAAACUGAGAAGUGAAGAAGAAGAUCUGUCUGAGAACCCAAUUGAGCUUUGUAAUAAUAAAAGCAGGGGAGGGGCUUUUGUGCCAUUUAAGGGGCAUGUUGAUAAGGAAAUUUCAGGGCUUUCUCUCAUGACCCCAAGUUCUGAAUUGGCUUAUUGUAAUCCAAUCUUGAAGGGCAAUGGCAGCUGCGGAAUUGGCUCUGGCUCUUCCUUAUGUUCAGACCAAAACCAAAUUAAGUUUCAGACCAAAUCACAACAGCAGCAGCAGCAGAAUUCUAGGAAACAAAGGCGGUGCUGGUCACCUGAGCUUCAUAGACGAUUUGUUGAGGCUCUUCAACAACUUGGAGGUUCACAAGUGGCCACUCCUAAACAGAUUAGAGAUCUGAUGCAAGUCGAUGGUCUCACCAAUGAUGAAGUAAAAAGCCAUUUGCAGAAAUACAGACUUCACAUCCGAAAACUUCCAGCUUCUUCAGCUGGGAAAGGAAAUGGCCUAUGGUCGGAUCAAAAUCAGCGCAGUGAGCGCAUGAAAGCAAACAUUUCACCGUCUGGUUCUCCUCAAGGUCCCCUCCUUGCUAGUGCUUCUGCUAAAGGCAUGUCAAGUACCGGAUGCGACAGCAUGGAUGCAGAAGAUGAAAAAUCAGAUGGCCAUAGCUGGAGAAGUGGAGUUCACCAGGCAGGAGAGAUUGAUGUAUAGUCAGAUAACUGAUUCCCAUGAAUUUUGCAGAAACAUGGGGUAACGGAUCGUAAUUAUAGUGACCUAGUGAGAAUAAUUUUAAUCAACAACUAGAGGAAUUUGAAAUAAACAACCUGUUUGAGGACUGGUUUAGUUUCUCUCCAUGACACCAGUUCCUGCCCUGAUGUAUGAGUUUGUGUAAUCCGUAAUGAUGGAUUGUAGGAAGCAAGAUGACUAAUUUUUAGAGAGUUCUUUCAUUUCUCUUUAGACUUAACCCUCUUUUACAACUGAUGUACUUAAUAUAUCUGAUAUUCGAGGUUUGAUUUGCUGUUUCAUUAUGGAAUUGGCCUUUGUUUCA